GCCAAGUAUAUUUGACCAAUGACAUCACAUCAACAGUUCAAACACCCUCCCUGAAACAUAUAAAAGAAAGUGGCCCUCCUGCUGUCUCUGCAAGAUUCUUCAUAUGAUCCAACAACACAGAAAAGCUCCAUCAUACUCUAAAGACUUAGACAGAGACUCUGACACCAACAUGAUGUUGCUCCUCUUCUUGUUUGGUCUGACUCUGGCUGCUGCGUCUCCUUCAGAUGAACGUGAAGUGAAGCUGCAGCGUGGAAACUGUCCCAUGUUCUGGUUCAGCUUCAACGGCCGCUGCUACAAGUACGUCUCCACACGUUUGACCUGGGCUGAUGCAGAGCUCUACUGUGUGUCACAGAGAGCCAACCUGGUGUCCAUCCACAGUCUGCAGGAACAGAACUUUGUCAAAAACCUGAUCAAGAACUUUGACCACGCUGAGGGACGCACCUGGAUCGGACUCAGUGACACACAGAAGGAAGGAGGAUGGAUGUGGUCUGAUGGGUCUGCAGUGAACUUUGGCUUUUGGUAUGCAGGAGAGCCAAACAAUGAUAAGGGACAUGAAGACUGUGUGCACAACAACUUUGGGCAGAAAUGGAAUGACAGACCAUGUUCUGAUACUUAUCCCUCUGUUUGUACAUAUCGCAUGGCUUGUCGUUAACAACUGAUGUUGUUAUGUUUGAUUCAACCUGGUGACUUUUCACCUCUCGCUCUGUAGAAAUGCAUUAGGCCUUCAAAUGAUGAAGUUACUGUCUGUAUUAGAAGUCAUUUCAUUAACAUUUUCACAAAUGUUCCUGUGGUUGGUCAAAGGAAAUAUUUUCCCAGCUUUUCCAUAUCCUACAA